AUGGGCGUCGGAAAUAAUUGGACGAAAAGAAAGGUUCGGCCCGCCAAGGAUGUCCUGGGAGCACGUCCUAUUGCUCAACAACCGAUGGGACCGCACGACUUAAAGGUCGAAUUGGGUCGGGCUGUGACAUUAAAACAAUGGAAGAGUGGGUGUGAGACCACCCCCACUUUACAUAGAGAGAACGGCAAUAAACCCCGGCAGAUACAUAUCCCAGAGCACGCAGCCCUUAUCGACCCCUGGGAGCGAUGUCGUCCGCACGCAACCAGCUCCUGCUAUUUAUUCAUAAGGUAG